AUGGAGUACGUAGUAGCCAAUACAAACACGGCUUUGCUACAUCUACGACGACAUCGUUACGCCAGACCGCCAGCAUAUACCGGGGACCAUCACGCCAGUGGCGUACCAUCGUGUUCCAGCCCUCUUAAGCUUCCCAGGCUCCUAGCCCAAGAACCCUGGACUAGAAACAGGAACCAGACAGAGAAAAGCAGAGAGGAGGGGUCUGAGUUCAGAGUUCUGGCCCCAUGA